UAAAAAUUAUUAUUUAUAAAAUGCACAAGAGAUGACAAAUAAUCCAUGGAAAACCACUCCAUUUUAAUGCUUAAUGGACCAAAGGCUACUUUUAGUUAUGCCAGUGUAAGCCAGUUGGCUGAGCUGGAGCUCUCGCAGUGUAACAGAACAGAAUCUGUCUGUAAAUUUACCUCUGUAACAAAUCAGCCAGAUGGCUCACAAAAGUGAUCUUUACAACAGCAAAUUCAGUUGUGCCGGCUUCUUUUGCUUGUAUUGUACACUAGGUACAUAAUAUUUCUUAUUUAGAGAGCGAUUUCAUGCACAGACCCCACUUAAGAAGCCUGUAUUACUUUACAUCGAAACCAUAAGCGAGAGAAUUUGCCUGAGAUGACAGUGUGUCAUCUCAGUGUGUCCAAAGCAGUUACAUCCAAAGAUUUGACUUCGCCAUGGUAUCGGAUGUGCUCGUAGCAUAAGAGGACGAAUUUUAAAUAUCUGUGAGAAACCAGUGCGGUUUAUGCUGGUUGCUCUGCAGUACUUGCGUUUGCGAACUCUGUCCGUACACGUCGAGCCACCUGCAGAUGCACCUUAAGCCCUACUGGAGACCGCCUUUCCCUGUGGGAAGGCAGUGAUUUACGCUCGUAGAUGUCCGCAAGAACAGGAGAGCGAGCACUUGAUUUCAUAUUGCUGAAGUAGCCCACUUUUAGAUCAGAACUAGCACUUCUUGACGAGCGGUGUGUGCACCCCGUGCCCGUGGUCUCAGCGCAACACGGCGUUUUCACUCAGGAGAGCACCUCCCGCACGGAGGAUUUAACCCGACGUAUCCGACGUACUUCCCGCUGGGAAACGCGGGCUCCCGGCGGACGCGCUUUCCAUCCCUGCGGCCGUCGCGCCCGGGACGGCCAUGGGUGAGACCGAGCUGGCCGGCCCCGGCCCCGGCCCCGUCCCCGCCGGGAGCGCCCUACCUGCGGCGGGGCGGUGCAGGAAGGGGGCGGUGCGGCGGGGCGGCGGUUCCGGGCACGUCGCGCCGCUCGCCCCGGCACCGCCGCGCCCCAUGGCCGCUCCGCGGGACGCGCUGCCCCCAGCAGAUCAUGCAGCAAAAGAGCCAGUGGAGGAUACGGAUCCAAGCACUCUUUCUCUAACAAUGACUGAAAAAUAUCCUGUCCAAGAUACAGGAGUACCUAAAGAUGGGGAAUACCUAACAGAUCAAGUUACCUUGGAAAUUGCAUCUGUGAACAUCAAGACCCUUACGUCGGAUUCUGGCCUAAUUCAGCAGCCAGAAGACAAAGACACAGAAAACCAUACUGACGAAUCAGAUCUCAAGAAGACCUGCAAGGAAAAUGUCACCUGCUCCUUGUGCUUAUUCCGUGCACCGACCAUCAGUGACAUGCUCAAUGAUGAGGACUUGUUGUACACAGUGAGGCUAAAGCUGGAUCCCUGCCAUCCAACAGUGAAAAACUGGAGAAAUUUAGCAAGCAAGUGGGGGAUGACUUACGAUGAAUUGUGUUUCCUUGAACAAAAGCCGCAAAGUCCCACCUUGGAAUUCUUGCUACGGAAUAGUGACCGGACUGUGGAGCAGCUGAUUGAUCUCUGUAAAUUUUAUAAGAGAAUUGAUGUUGUGAAAGUGCUGCUGAAAUGGGUGGAGGAGGAAUGGCCCAAGAGAGGGAACAGAACUUACCAGAAUGAUUUCUAGGUCAAACAAAGUUGUUAGUCUGUACGUGUUAAAUGCUAGCUAGCACUGAUACAUUGGAAGUUUCCCUUGCAAGAGAGAGAAAGUCUGUACUGAGGGUUUGUAUACUGUGUAAGCUUUAUCUACUGUAUACACAAAUGUAACCUUUAUGCCCUCAGGGUUGCAAACAUAACCUUCCAAAAGGGGAUGAAAUAAUCCAGGUUGUGUUCUUGAGUCUGCAAAUACCUUCAGUUUCUUUGCUGCUGUUCACAGCUUUCCUGAAAUGAAAUGAAAUGAAAAGGCCAGACCACUUGUUUUACUGCAGCAGUUGUGAACGAUAUCAGUUGUGUGCUGUUGCUAUUGGGAAAGCCACAGUUAGAAGGCAAGUCUCUUGGCCUUACUGGUGGCCCCUCCACAGUUUUUUAUGUUCUACCUGGUACAAGGUGAGGUGGAAUCUUUUUCUUCCUUUUUAGUUGUUUUAAGCUUUGUGACACUUUCUGACAAGGAACACCUCAGUGUUCCAGGCAGCAAUUUGGAUCUGAAUGUUACAAUCAACUGAAUAUUCAACAUCACAUUUGAGCAAAUUAAGUCUCUUUUAUGAACAAGAGUAGACAUUAAACAAUAACAGAUGUUAAACAAAAUAACUACUCACCUGCUACUACAUCAUAGGCCAUAUAUUUACUCUAAGAAGAAAUCAUGCAAUUCAGAGAGACUUUUCAACCCAUAACCUUUAGGGGCCAAAAGAACCAGUAAAAAGGCUCUGUGCUUAAAAUUACUUUCCAAGGGUUUAAAGACCGUGUACACUCUGAAUGCAUGUAUCCAAUCCCUCUCACUUUGCAGUGUGAGAUGAUGGCACCACAGGGUAUUGUUAGUAUUGACUGUAACUUCCCUUUUCACAGGCUGUGGUUUUCUUUACAGUCCUGUGGGUUGGCCUUACUUUCUGUCCCACAGCAAGGCAGUUGCAGUCUUGUGUGAAACUAGCACUAUAUGUUGAUUAAAGCCACUCUAAUGGAAAAUGAACAGCUGAAUUCACCUACAGCCCAGGUGGAUGGUUAUUAAAGCACUUACAGUGGUUUAGACUGAUUUUUUUUUAAGGAUUUUGAUACUCUGAAUUACACUGUUUACAUUUUAAAUGUUUCAGAACUGGCCUUUUUCCUACCACUCUUCUGCCAUCACAGACAAUGUAGUAUGUACAUAGGUGUAUAUACCAAAGCACUGGUCAAGAUGUGGGGCAAAACUAGAAUGGGGUGCAGGUUGAUACACUGUUUACUUCUCUUGAGUAGAAAUAAUAAGAAUUAGUAGCAAAGCUGAGGGAAGUCUAAUGCUGUAUGCUGAGUUUUUUACUGUAAGAGAUUGAAAAGGGACCUCUAGUAAUACUUAACUAUAGAUACUGAGUGAUAUGGUUACAGAGGAGCUAGAAGUAAAGACUAACAUUUUCAAUGUCAGGCACUUAAAGUUAACUUUAUUUUAGUGACUUCAAUAAGCUGAAAGUCUUGUUUCAGGGUAAAGAAAUUGACCUAAAUUUCAGGUUUGAAUUUUUAAUUUUUUUUAGAAAAAAAUAGAAUUUAUAAUGAUUUUUUUCAACAAUUCCUCAAAAAAGCUGCUACUCUUUAGAACUCUAGUUUUCUAGCUGUAUUUUAAGGAGGAAAUUUUACUGCUCUGUCUUGUUGGGGCUGCAGUUCAAGUGUUUAAUGGUUCUCUUCUAAGAGUAGGGGGUUUCCCAACAGAUGUCUCUCAGCUUGUAACUUUUGCAGAUAAUCUUCUGCGCUGAGUUAGAUGCUGUAGAUCCAGCUUUGGGGACUAUUGCUGUGCUGGGCUGCUUUCAGUUCCUACAGAGGCAUCCACUGCUGAUGUGCAAAUAGCUCAUAUCUCAGCUUGUCCAACCUAAUUCCCAUACCUUGGGCUGACUGCAUGCACGAUUUAGGAUCAUAUGCCUGUAUGCACACAGCUUUUCCCUCCCAUAACAUACCCCAGGUAUAUCUGUGUGGUGUUAAAAUAUGCUGUGCUUUGGUAGAUCCAGACCAGCUGGAAUCCUCACCUAAGAAUCAGAAUGGGAAGAUGAAAUGAUGCAGUAGCAUUCCUGAAUCAAUGUGUUCAACUGAAAUCUACCCCGUUUCCUGAUUUCUGGGUAAAAACUCGUAAAAUUUGUCUUGUGAAGAUGAGUUUGAUCUCUUGGAGCUCUUCAAAAGUCAAUGUCAGAUGCAAGAGUUCAUGUCAGAUGGAAAUAAAGCUGCUUCUGAGAGUUCAUAGGCUGAUGCUGUAUAAAUUCAGCUCUUAAGGUUGAAAAUGUUAGCCUUAAACUUCACCACACACUGGAUUACUCAUUACUAUACUUGAAAUACUUUUUUUCCUCUUUGUAUGGCAUAAAUGGAGAUAUGUACACUCUUUUUUUAGUUUUAUAUCUGUUUACAAGAUAUUGGUUCUAAGUGUUCAAUUUAUUCUUAUGUCUUCUGUUAUAAUGUGUACUAUUUUUAGAAGAAAUACAGUUGUCAGUGUUUGA